AUGAAGUCUGCUCUCGUCCUUGCGCUCGCCGGCUCCGCCGUUGCAGCUACAUCUUUCGGUGCCGUCGUCGAGGCUCUCUUCGGCCGCGACAACGACGAUCACCGGCCCAGGUCCUCUGAUUUUCCUGGCUCUCUACCCUCCGGCACUGACUCUAGCGUUCCCUACCCAUUCACAGGCUCUGACAGCCAGGAGAAGCGCAACAUCAAGGCGCUGCACAUCGACUACGAUCUCGCGACCAAGGCCGCCCCCUCCGUAAAGCGACGCGAGCUAAAGUUCCGCCAGCUCAGCAGCUCCACACUCCCCACAGGCGUUCCAGCAGACCCCUCCGAUUUGCCUGUAGACUUCCCCUACCCGAUUGGUGGAGUGCCGUUACGCACUGGAGCUGCGUUAUCUACCGGCGCCACCUACCCUACCAGCGGUCCCUACCCUACCGGCGGUCCCUACCAUACCGGCGCUUCAUACCCUACCGGCGGCGCCCCCUACCCUACCGGCGUUCCAUACCCUACCGGCGUUCCAUACCCUACCGGCGCUCCAUACCCUACCGCUGGCACAGGCGCAACAGGUCUCUCUGGCCUGGCCGCUAGGUUUGUCACAGUGACUCGCGGGCCGCAACCUACUGUUGCGCCUGCCGCGUCGGAGCAGGAGGGCGAGGAGACCCAGAGCGGCAACGCCUGGCUGUUAUGGGUGAGCGAUCUAUUGGCUCGGAUUCCGGGGCAGAACGAGAGGGCUGGGAAUAGUGGAGGGAAGCCGGCAGCGUCUUGA